UAUAAGAAUGAAGUCCUACGGCGGAUGCGAUUGCUUGUUGAGAGAGACUCAUGGACUACCUUGCGGUUGUGAACUUGCAGGUUAUGAAAGAAUUCCAUAUGAGUCAAUUCAUCCAUUCUGGAAGAGACUGAGUUGGGAGCAUGUACCUGAACCUGUUGCAGAUACUACCAGCAACCAUAUUUGCGGCAUGAACCAUGGAGAUAUGCAACCAGAAGUUGAGGCAUUGACACAUUAUUUCAGUUCUUUGGAUACUGGAGGGCAGAGUAUGGUAAGGAGGAAGCUUCAAGCGAUCUAUUGUCCUGAAAGCAGUUCACUUUGUACUCCUGCGGUUAAGAUAAGGUCCAAGCGCACUCUUAAGGCGAAUGAGAAAAUACCACCCAAGAAUAAAGCAAUAGGAUCCUUGACUCGUGAUCUUUCAGGUUUCGAACAUGUUGAUAGGGAGAUCAGAGAGGCAAAGAAGGUUUCACAACCACCAAAGAAGAAAAAGCAGCCGUUGCUGCAUUACUCGGACUACCAUCAGGUGAGGAAAGUUGGUCAUGGGUUAGGGCAGCGUUGA